UUAGAUGUUCUUAACGAUGCCUUCGAGAAAAUGGAGCUCUUCCUGGGUCACAGAGUGAGGGUGGUAAAUCAACAGCGCGCUCUCCAGGAAACCGUGGACGAAAUCAGAGAGAGGUGCAUCGAGCAAAACUAUUCUGACGAAGUGCUUGUCAUCAUUGAUUGUAAGAUGAAGAUGGAGCUUGUUUACGUUCGCGAAAAA